CCUAGCAUUAGUCCGCACCUCCGCAUCUCACGGUUGGAGCUUGUCACCUUCUCUCUUAUCUACUCUUUCUUCGAUCUCAAGAGCAAUGCCCAAGAACAAAUAACGAGAUUCUAUAACAGUCUCACUACUGCCUUGAGCCGGUCAAGCUGUCUCCAAAUUGAUCCGCGCCGUCCCCGCAAGAGCGGGGCAUCCGAGCUCGACGCCCCAAGAUUGCCAUGAUGGAUGCUCGGAAGAAGAAGAGAAAGGUGCUCUUGAUGGGCAAGAGUGGAUCGGGGAAGUCAUCCAUGCGUUCAAUCAUUUUCAGCAACUACGUCGCCAAAGAUGUCCGGCGUCUCGGCGCCACGAUCGAUGUGGAGCACAGCCAUGUCAAGUUCAUGGGCAACCUGACAUUAAACCUGUGGGAUUGCGGAGGACAAGAUGCGUUCAUGGAAACCUACCUAGCCUCCCAACGCGGAAACAUCUUCUCCGACGUUGCAGUGCUCAUCUACGUGUUCGACAUUGAAUCACGAGAAGUCGACCGAGACCUAGACACAUACCACGCAAUAAUCGAAGCCCUCCGCGAGUUCAGCCCAAACGCCUACGUCUUCUGCCUCGUGCACAAAAUGGAUCUAAUCCAAGCCGAGCACCGCCAACGCAUCUACGAAGAACGUUCAGCCCUGAUCCGCAGCCGUUCCGACAACUUCCGCGUCGACACCUUCGCCAGUAGCAUCUGGGACCAAUCACUGUAUAAAGCCUGGGCAGGGAUCGUGCACAAACUCAUCCCGAACCUAGUCGUGAUCGAGCGCUUCCUCACAGCAUUCGCAAAGAAAAUCCAUGCCGAAGAAGUCAUCCUUUUCGAACGCUCGACCUUCCUAACCGUGACCUCUGUAACAUCCGAAGUUGGCGAACUCAAUCCCAUCUACGAUCGCCAUGAGCGUCUAUCAAAUAUCAUGAAGGCCUUCAAACACUGCGCCGCUCGCAACACCCUCACCACCCCGGCCUCGGCUGGCUUCGUUGUCAUGCACACCAAAACUCCCCAGUUCAAUAUCUUCCUCGGCCGUUUCACUGAUAAUACUUAUAUCUUCCUUGUCGUUCCGCCCGGCGAGGCUUCCUACAACUGCGCCGUUCUCAACACCAUGCUUGCCCGUGAAGGUUUCUCAAAGGCAGCAGCUGGCGGCCGUGGGGAUGGCUUCCCGCUUCCUCCGCCGGAUACUGAGGAUAACGCGACCAAUGGAUAUGCCCCGUGAUAUGGGGAUUGAUGUGUGGGAUUCAGCUUGGUUUUGUAUGGUUGUACAUGUCAGGUAUAUGUUGAUCUCGAUCUUUCACGAUUUCUUGUUUAUGACGCAAAAUUUAUGCGGGCGCUCAAUGAUGGCGUUUCGGAGAUGAAUGCAGUUUUGAUAUGAGUUCCCUUUUUGACUGUCUUUUUCACUUCCUUUUUUUCUUCGAGAAUUGAGAUACCCUGUUUGUGCAUUGUCUGUUCUUGUGGUCUCAUUCUCUUCCUCUUCCUCGGGGGUUUUAUAGUAUAUAAUCUUCUGGGCAGAUGUUUC